AUGUUGUCUUUCUCCUCAACCACCAACAAAGAGGUACCAGCCACAGCCUCGUCCAAACCCUACACACACAGCAGCAGCAGCAGCAGCAGCAGCAGCAGCAGCAGCAGCAGCAGCAGCAGUAGUAGUAGUAGUAGUGGUGUGCUGCUGCACUGUGGAAGUUGUUAUAUAUUCUCCUUUUUAACAGCAGCAACAAAAAAACAAAAACAGCAGCAUCAGCAGCAGCACCACCACCACAACCACCCCCAUCAGCAGCAGCAUCACCCCCAUCAGCAGCAGCAGCAGCAGCAGCAGCAGCAGCAGCAGCAUACAGGUGCCACUAUCUUGACCCCCAUGGAGGCUUCAACAAAGUUAUGUUGUAUAUAUUCUCCCUCAACAGCAGCAACAACAGCACCACCACCCCCAUCACCCCCAUCAGCAGCACCACCACCACAAUCACCCCCAUCAGCAGCAGCAGCAGCAGCAGCAGCAGCAGCAGCAGCAGCUUACUGGCGCCACAAUCUUAACCCCCAUAGAAGCUUCAACAAAGUUAUGUUGUAUAUAUUCUCCCUUUACUCUGAGCUCUUUAAGGGGCUGGGGGCAGCAACAGCAGCAGCAGCAGCAGCAGCAGAUGUAGAUGGAGAUGUAGAUGAGAAGGGUGGUGCACAGAUGCAGCAAUUGCAGCAGCAGCAACAGCAGCAGCAGCAGCAGCAGCAGCAACAGCAGCAGCAGCAGCAGCAGCAGGAGAAGCAGCAGUAG